CAACAGCCGAAAGAAGAGGAGAACAGAGGAGGAGAGGGAGGCUGCAGAUAGAGGAUAAUACAAAGAGCGUGUGAGUGAGUGAGUGAGUGCAUGUGACAGACUAGCUAAUGUGUGUGUGUGUGUGUAUUAUCCAGAGGUGUGUGUGUGCAUGCAGCAAUGAGUGAGCGAGGAGCAAUGUAAGGGAGAAACCUGAUCUCACUCUCUCUAUCUCUCCCUCCCUGGAAUAAGGCUGUCUGUUAGCUCUCUGCGUUGUUAGCUGGUUGCUCACCAGCCCGGCCCGACCCAGCUCGGCUUGGCCCAGUUCGGACCCCCGGUGUGUGUGUGUGUGUGUGAGUGAGUUGGGGUGAUGAUGGAGCGGUUCGUGGCCUUGCUGCGUCUCCUGGGCAGGAGGAGGCGAGGGAGGAGGUACCGGGCGGAUGAUGAUUACCAGGAAGGCUACGAAGACGUUUACUACUACACCAGCAAGUACAACACACACCUACUGAAUGAAGGGCCGUACACUAAACACUCUGCGGGGUCACGACCUCCAGAUGGAGCGCUGGCCAUCAGGAGGCAGAGUAUACCAGAUGAGUUUCGGGGCUGCUCCGUGGUGGAGCUGAUGAAGAAGGAGGGGACAACGCUCGGUUUGACAGUUUCAGGCGGCAUCGACAAGGAUGGGAAGCCACGGGUUUCGAACCUGCGACAGGGGGGCAUCGCAGCCAGGAGUGACCAGCUGAACGUGGGUGACUACAUUCGCUCCGUUAACGGCAUUAACCUGGCUAAAUUCAGACAUGAUGAAAUUAUCAGCCUAUUGAAGAAUGUUGGGGAGCGAGUUGUUCUGGAGGUUGAGUACGAAUUGCCACCCGUCUCUGUGCAGGGGUCAGGUGUCAUGUUUAAAAAUGUGGAAGUCACACUUCACAAAGAAGGAAACAGCUUUGGCUUUGUCAUCAGAGGGGGGGCCCAUGAAGACAGAAACAAGUCUCGUCCCAUCGUCAUAACAACCAUCAGGCCAAGCGGUCCGGCUGACAGAGAAGGAACUAUCAAGCCGGGUGAUCGAUUGCUCAGCAUUGAUGGGAUUCGUCUCCAUGGCAGCACCCUGUCAGAGGCCAUGAGCAUCCUGAAGCAGUGUGGGCAGGAAGCCACGCUGCUGAUCGAAUACGACGUCUCAGUGAUGGACUCUGUUGCAACGGCAUCAGGACCACUGCUGGUUGAGGUUGCCAAAGCGACUGGCUCCAGUCUGGGCGUGGCUUUGUCCACCUCCAUGUUCUGCAACAAGCAGGUCAUCAUCAUUGACAAAGUCAAACCAGCCAGUAUAGCAGACAGAUGUGGAGCUCUUCAUGCAGGAGAUCACAUUUUGUCUGUUGAUGGGAAGUCAAUGGAGUUUUGUUCUCUGGCUGAAGCAACUCAGCUCCUCUCCGCCUCCUGUCAGACUGUCCGCAUGGAGAUCCUGCCACAACACCAGGCCCGACCGGCCCUGAAUGCACCGCAACAUGUCAAGGUGCAGCGUAGUCCCCGCCCCCUCCCCUGGGAAACCGGAGGCUCUGCCCCCAUUCUACCCCCUUACCACUACAACACGUACCACCCUGACCAGUCUGGUGCCAGAUCGCACAACCGCCACACAAACAACCCUCCUCUCAGCCACUCCUUCUCUCCCGGCUCAAUGUCAGCCUAUAGCCUCUCUUCCCUCAACAUGAGCACCCUGCCAAGGAACAUGUAUCCCACGAGUCCACGGGGCACACUGAUGAGGAGGAAGGGCAAGAAGAAGGAUUUUAAGAGUUCAUUGUCUCUUGCGUCCAGCACUGUGGGGCUUGCUGGUCAGGUGGUUCACACGGAAACAACAGAGGUGACGUUGCUAGGUGACGGCAUCAUGGGGUUUGGUCUUCAGCUGCAAGGUGGAGUCUUUGCGACUGAGACGCUCUCGUCGCCACCUCUCAUUGCUUACAUCGACCCCGACAGUCCUGCUGAGAGGUGUGGUAUCCUGCAGAUCGGUGACAGGAUUUUGUCCAUAAAUGGAGUUCCUACUGAAGACUCCACUUUGGAAGAAACCAAUCAGCUUCUCAGAGACUCCUCCAUCACUGCUCAGCUCACACUGGAGAUUGAGUUUGACGUGGCAGAGUCAGUCAUCCCCAGUUCUGGGACGUUCCAUGUGAAACUCCCUAAGAAACCUGGGGUUGAGCUGGGAAUCACCAUCAGCUCUCCAUCCAACAGGAAACCAGGUGAUCCUCUGAUCAUCUCCGACAUCAAGAAAGGCAGCGUAGCACACAGGACGGGGACGCUGGAGCUCGGAGACAAGCUGCUGGCUAUUGAUAACAUCCGGGUGGAGAACUGCUCCAUGGAGGAGGCUGUUCAGAUCCUUCAGCAGUGUGAGGAACUGGUCAAAUUAAAGAUCCGCAAAGACGAAGACAACUCAGAUGAACAGGAGGUGUCUGGCAGCAUCAUCUACACUGUGGAGCUGCAGCGGUACGGCGGCCCGCUGGGCAUCACCAUCUCAGGCACAGAGGAACCGUUUGACCCCAUUAUCAUCUCCUCACUGAGUAAAGGAGGCCUGGCUGAGAGGACCGGAGCGAUCCACGUUGGAGAUCGUAUUCUUGCGAUCAACAGCAGCAGCCUGAAGGGGAAACCUCUGAGUGAAGCCAUCAGUCUGCUGCAGCAGGCCGGAGAGACGGUGACACUGAAGAUCAAGAAGCAGGGAGAGUUAUCAAGCCCAAAGUCCUGUGUGAUUGGUCCAGGUGUGGGGUCAGGGGCGGGCCUUGGCCAGGAGAACCAGGAUGGAGAGGAGGAGCCUGUUGUCAUGGUAGCACCACUAUCAAGCCAGAGAGCGUUCUGCACUCUGCCGUCUGUGGACAGCGCUGUGGAGUCCUGGGACGGAUCCAACAUGGACAGUAGCUUCACCACCCCAGCUCCACCAUUUCAGUCGUCUCCCUACAGCUUCCAUGAAUGGCGCAACGCCAAGACAACCAACAGCCAAUCAUCUUCUUCCAUUCGCCAGCGGGCCAAUCCGCUGUCAGAUCUGGGUCUGAGUGAUGAUGACUGGGACCGCCCCCCACUUGGAGGGUUCACGGUGGGGCAUGAUGGGACGAGCCAGACCAGGAGGAGAACUUCUGGUCUCAGGCACUGGAGGAUCUGGAGACCUGUGGGCAGAGCGGCAUCCCAGAGAACUGGAAGCAACCAUAAUGUCAGGCUCCAGCCUCAGUCUGAACCAUGACCCCACCCCCCUGCGCAGCACGCUGGGUCGUCAGGCAAGUUUCCAGGAACGCAGCAACUCCCGACCACAGGUGACCACACGGUCCAACACCUUGCCCUCCGACCCCCAUCGUCGAGCCUUUGCCUGAAGAAGAUGAGGACAGGAGGUCAAUGAAAUCCUGAACCAGAACCCUGUGGAGCUCCACAAG